AUCGUUUAUUCAAAAAUUCAUAUCUUGCUUUCUUCAGGCAGGUCAUAUAAUGGUGAAAUCGAUGGAUCUAUCAGUUCACCUCCUUAUCCAGCUCUAGCAGUGCUGCCAAGCUCCAGUUUCAUGCCACUUGCCACCAAGGCCCGGCCCAUAUAGGCCUUUGUUAUGGAAUGCUUGGAAGCAACUUACCAGGUGCAACACAAGUUGUUGCUCUCUACAAGCAGAAUAACAUCCAAAGAAUGAGACUCUAUUUUCCGGAUUUAUAUGCUCUCCAAGCUCUUAGAGGCUCCAACAUUGAGGUCAUGCUUGGUGUUCCCAACUAUGAACUUCAACAGAUUGCUGCCAGUCAAGCGAAUGCAGAUGCAUGGAUUCAGAAAAACGUCAAGAACUAUGGUGACAUAAAGUUUCGCUAUACUGCUAUAGGGAACUUGGUCUUAGUAUGGCCUUUUGAUUCAUAUGCGCAUCCCUGCAAUGCAGAAGAUUCAAAAUUCAGUUUCAGCGGCUGGACUUGACAUCAAAGUUGUUGGGAAUUUUGAGCACUGCAAUCCACGCAAACGGAAGCGAUAAAGAUAUUGAGACAAC